AUGAACAGUGCAAGCAUUGACCGUGACCGUGCAGUUCGAGUGAGUAUCGCUCAAGUUUGCUUCUGCGUUGGCACAGGAAGGAGUUUAUGGAUUCGAUCCUCGCUGAGGGCAAGUUGUGUUUUUCUUUACAGGAUCUUCUGUUUAGAAGACGCUGGAUAUAUGUCAUACCCAGCACUCGAAGGACUGUAUACAAUACAUGAUGAGUUGGGUUCAGGAGGUUUCGGGAAAGUCAAGCUAGCCACACAUUUAUUGACGGGUCUUAAGGUUGCUAUCAAAAUCAUUGACAAGAAAGCUAUAGGAGAUGAUCUACCUAGAGUUACGACAGAGUUGGACGCACUUAGGACUUUAUCUCAUCAAAAUAUAUGUCGUUUAUAUCAGUUCAUUGAUACAGAGGACAAAUUUUUUAUUAUUAUGGAGUACUGUAGUGGAGGCGAGAUGUUUGACUACAUUGUAAGAAAGGAGCGCCUUGAGGAAUCUGAAGCUCGCCAUUUUUUCCGUCAACUUGUUCAAGCAAUGGCUUAUGUCCACUCAAUGGGAUAUGCUCAUAGGGAUCUCAAACCAGAAAACUUACUUUUGACUGAGGAUCUUCAUCUAAAGGUGAUAGAUUUUGGGUUAUGUGCCAGACCAUCUUCUCUCUCCCGACCUUUGGAUACAUGCUGCGGCUCUCCAGCAUAUGCUGCUCCAGAACUCAUUGCGGGCAAGGCUUACCUCGGAAAUGAAGCGGAUAUUUGGUCUAUGGGAGUGCUACUAUAUGCUCUUCUUUGCGGAUCACUGCCCUUCGAAGACGAAUCGAUGCAACUUCUGUACCGCAAGAUUGCUAGAGGUAACUAUCACGAACCCGAAUGGCUUAGCCCAAGUAGCCGCGCGCUUCUUCGAAGCAUGUUGCAGGUCAACCCUCAGUACCGCAUAACUGUCAAACAGUUACUCGAUCAUCCUUGGAUCAACCAUAAAUACAGUCAAAAGCUGAAGUGGACCAGCAUAUAUGAUAGGAACGUGGUCGAUGAAGAAGUUGCCACUGAGUUGGCUUUCCAUCACCGAAAAUCCCUUGCGGAGAUGACUGCUUUGAUCAAGGAAUGGAAGUUUGACUAUCUCACUGCAACGUAUUAUCUCCUUCUGCAACAAAAAGGACGCAGAAGAAAAAUAGCCCUACCUCCUCCGAGACCAAAACCUGGAGAAUCAAAUGUCGCCGCGUCUCCGACUAUCCAUGCUUCUCUAGAACACAAUCUCGACCUUUCUGGACUUGAGGACAGUCCUGAUGUUGACCUCUCCCCUCGGAGCUUCCGCUCUGGAAGUAGCAUAAGUGAACAAUUUGAUGCAAUGUGGAGGCACAAUGAACGAGAUCGAGGCUGUGUUAGGGAAAGAGAAAGAGCUCACAAAGGAGUGGAUAAGAGUUCGUAUAUAAAUGCGAUUUUAAAUACACCAACGGUAUGUACUGGGCGUUCUCCUCAACAAAGAUUAGCCUAUAACUCUCCAUCGACUACUAACUCAACCCCGUACAGGCCGGCGCAGAAAUCUUCAGCACGUCACAAGGGUAAUAUUGGCUACGAAUCUGGAUGCGAUAAGGAGAACUAUCGUGCUGGUGCAGCAAGUGUAAGAGUACGAGGGCCUGUUAAGAUAUUAGACGAUCGCGGUACGAGACCACGUAGUAUAUACACAACCCCUCAGAGACCAGCUCUAAAAGGAUUAUUCAGCCCAGGUGGUGCUCGGCAAAGAGCUCGUUCGACUGAGCGUUCUGGUGCUGAAUCACCGGCAUUUUCUGGUGGUAAAACACCUUGUGAUUCCACACGACAGCCGCGCUCUACUGCUAAAACUCCUCGGUUAAAGCAAAGGGUGUUUGCUUCUUUGGAGCGGAAAGCCGAUCGGGUCAUAAACCUUCUAACACCUAGGAAAUUGAAAAAUGAUUCGCCACAGGUUCUGAAAACUGUGGAGGGAAAGAUCAACGUAUCUGUCACUAACUCUACUGAUCCAGAUCGAAUAAGGCAGGAGCUAAUAAAAGUAUUUGAACAGCAGAGCAUCAAAUACGAAGUUAAUGGGUGGAAGAUUUCGGGAAGACAAAAGGAUAAGGCUGGACACGCACUAACUGUUGAACUUGAAGUCGUUGUGGUUGAGAACAUGGGAAAGAUUGGAAUUCGAAGAAAGCGUUUGUGCGGCGAUGCUUUUCUGUACAAAAAGGUUUGCGAACAAAUUCUACGAAUGGCUGGACUGGAUGCAGAUUGA